GAGAUGUUGGAGUUUGAGAGGAAAGGCAUCAAAGGUACACAUGGGCUCCCAUUUCUUUUUGUUUUGUUCACUCAUUUGAUCAAGACAAAGAAAAUCCUCACCCACUCUCUCCCUCAUCCCUGCGGCCAGCACCUCCAAGAAAGAGCCAAGCAAAUUCUCCAUCUUCCUUCUCCAUUGUUGAAGAAAGCUCCACAAGAAAGAAUCCCAAGGGAAGGAACUAAAGUGCUAAAAGUGUGAUAGGAUUAAGGAACUUGAUAUAGAGUAUCUUUGAGCUUCGCCGGAGUUUCGCCGGAGUUGGUCAAAGUUGGCCGGAGUUGGUCAAAGUUCACCGGAAUUAGUCCAAGUUCAACCGCGGAGCGUAGAACACGCUUAAGCUCACUUAAGAGCGUUGAAACACACGCACGCUGCUAAAUGGCAGUAAGUGAAGAAGGAGACUCUACUGGGCGCAGCAAGUUGUUGGCUAAAACUCAUGCAGCAGUGGCGGAGUCCAAUUUUCCACAAGAAUCGGCCGCCGAAAAUAAAUCGGCAGGUACGCCGUUGCCUGGGUUCUCCCUAGAGCAAUGGAAAGCUUUGAUCUCUGCAUUUCCACGGUCUUCAUUGAGUCGCAUGGCAGGUAAUUCAGGCAACGGAACUUGGAUACUCGACACCGGAGCUACAAAUCAUAUUUGUGGUGAUUUAAAUCUACUCUCUCAAAUUCAGAACAUAGCCCCUUGUUCUGUUGGACUUCCUGAUGGAAAAACAGUCUUAGCCACUAAAGAAGGAUGUGUUAAAUUCUCAAAUGGAUUGUGCUUGCAAAAUGUUCUUUUUGUGCCCCAAAUGCAGUGUCAUCUUAUUUCGGUGACACAAUUAAAUGACACCCUUGAUUGUUUUGUGCAAUUUUCUUCUGACUUGUGUGUUAUACAGGAUCGAGUAUCGAGAAAGCUGAUUGGGACCGGUGAGAGGAGAAAUGGGUUGUACUAUCUCAGGGAGUCAACCACUGUGCAUGCUUUAACAAUUGAUGGCAACAAACAUUCAGCUCUUGAUCUAUGGCACAAACGGAUGGGGCAUCCUUCUGGAAAUGUGAUGCGUUGGUUGGCACCAGUGAGUAAUUUAAGGGGUUCGUUUUCUUCUUCUUGUGAAAUUUGUUUUAGGGCCAAGCAACACCGGGACUCUUUUCCUGCUAGUAGUAAUAAAACUCAUGAUAUUUUUGAGCUAGUUCAUUGUGAUUUAUGGGGACCGUAUAAUACCCCUUCUUCUUGUGGUGCCAAACUAUUUUUGACUAUUGUUGAUGAUCAUUCUCGGGCUGUUUGGAUUAAUUUAUUGAUGGACAAGACUGAAGUCUUUAAAAUGUUUAUAUCUUUUGUUGCCAUGGUUGAAAGGCAAUUUUCCAAAAAGGUACGUGUUGUGCGCAGUGAUAAUGGCACAGAAUUUAAUUGUUUGAAAAGUUUUUUUCAAACUAGUGGGAUUGUUUUUCAAACCUCUUGUGUUGGCACACCACAGCAGAAUGGGAGGGUUGAGCGAAAACAUCAACAUAUCCUCAAUGUGGCUAGGGCAUUGAGGUUUUAGGCUAAUUUGCCUAUUUCUUUUUUGGGAGAGUGUGUGCUCACUGCCGCCUAUCUUAUUAACCGUACACCGUUAUCUGUUCUUCAUUUCAAGACGCCUUAUGAUAUUUUGUUUGGUCAACCACCUUGCUAUGAUCAGUUGCGCAUUUUUGGAUGCCUUUGUUAUGCGUACAAUUUGAAAUCUAAGAGUGAUAAAUUUGCUAGUCACAGCCGCAAAUGCGUCUUUGUGGGAUAUGUGUUCGGAAAAAAGGGCUGGCAUGUUUUUGAUUUAGACACGCAUGAAUAUUUUAUAUCCAGAGACGUUAAAUUUGUUGAAGACCACUUUCCAUAUGCUGAUCCGCCACCAUCCUUGGGCCCGGACUUGGGCGAGUCUAGCACUCCGUGUGAUCUGCCGAAUACCUAUGACGAUUUCUUGGAUGUAGUUCCUCCAGCCACAGUUACUUCUCCUUCUGAGUUUACCACAGACACUACAUCGGCCGGAGUACUGCCGGAUGCCACUCUCUCAACGGACACUCCUGCUCCCUUGGGUCGGGGAUUGCGUACCAAACAAUCCUCGGUUCGUCUGAAGGACUAUGUUACUCAUACGGUCAUCCGAAACAGUCCCAUUUCUCCCUCUCCUCCGGCCUUGGCUUCCUCAGGUACGCCGUUUCCUAUUACACACUAUGUUAGUUGUGAUAAUUUUUCUGCACCACAUCGUAUAUUUCUUGCAGCUGUUUCUUCUAACACGGAGCCUCAAUCAUUCCGUGAGGCUGUUCAGCAUUCUGAAUGGCGUGAUGCCAUGCAUGCGGAAAUCCAAGCUCUAGAGAAGAAUUCCACAUGGAAUCUCACACAUCUUCCUCCUGGAAAGCGGGCUUUGGGCUGCCGUUGGGUUUAUAAAAUUAAAUACCACGCCGAUGGACGUGUGGAGCGUUAUAAGGCGCGCCUGGUUGUCUUUGGCAAUCGCCAAGUUGCUGGGCUUGACUAUACUGAGACCUUUGCUCCUGUUGCCAAAAUGGUGACUGUUCGUGCCUUUUUAGCUAUUGCUGCAUCUAAAAACUGGGAGUUGCAUCAGAUGGACGUUCAUAACGCUUUUCUUCAUGGCGACUUGCAUGAAGAAGUUUAUAUGACUUUACCUCCAGGUUAUUCCACUUCUGAUUCUACCUUGGUUUGUCGUCUAAAAAAAUCCUUGUAUGGACUUAAACAGGCACCACGGUGUUGGUUCGCCAAACUAGUCAGUGCCUUAAAGGGGUAUGGCUUUACUCAGUCGUUUGCGGAUUAUUCUUUGUUUACACGCACUUGUGGGGCUAUUCAGCUCAAUGUCUUGGUUUAUGUGGAUGAUCUUAUUAUUUCUGGCAAUGAUUCUGUUACCAUUAAUUCUUUUAAAGUCUAUCUCAAUGAUUGUUUUCAUAUGAAAGAUCUGGGCAGAUUAAAAUAUUUUCUUGGCAUUGAGGUUGCUAGGAGCCCUUUUGGGUUGUUUCUUACUCAGCGCAAAUAUGCAUUGGAUAUUAUUACUGAGACUGGACUGUUGGGUGCUAAGCCUGCAACUUUUCCUAUUGAACCUAAUCACAAUUUAGCCCAUGCUUCGGGUCCUCCUCUCACGGAUCCAGAGCCCUAUCGACGUCUCGUUGGCCGACUUGUCUACCUAGCUGUUACCCGCCCGGAUUUGGCUUAUGUUGUUCACAUUCUGUCUCAAUUUCUUCAUAAUCCAAGUCAGGAUCAUUGGCAUGCCGCACUUCGAGUUGUCCGCUAUCUUAAAGGCUCUCCAGG